AUGUUGAGCACAAGGGUCUGCACGGAGGUGCUAAUGCGCCGGCACAGAAGGCCAAACGAGCCUUUAUCCUGGCCGUUUGAGUCCCUCGACAGCUCGAAACGCGAUGGCUGCAACUGCUGUUUGACCCAAACCUGCGUGAAUGCCGUCAGAGCCAAGAAUGGCAUCGUACCAGCGAAAACGAAGUCAAAAGCGAAACCAGUCUCGUUCAUUGAACCCUCGGCCAUUGUGACCAUAAUAGCACAAACGACAAUUUCGAUUACAGAGGCAGUGUAUCAACAAUGUGAGAAAGACAAAGAGGACGAGACUGCGCUCAAAACGAAGAAUGGUGCUGAGACUGGUGCGGUUUGCGCGGGCUUUGUUGGAUGUCUGGGUCUACAAAGAGCAGCCAUACAAAGGCCAGUAUCGUUCGAGAAUUUGGUUCACAAUCCUCGAGGGAUCCGGAAUGCACUACUUAAACCCUCGAAGCCAUGCCCGAUUUUCGACGCAAUCAACUACAUCGCAUUGCCAGAGUUCAAGCUCCAGCACAUACACUCACCUGAAUACCUUACCACAGAUUCAACCGUUCUCCGUACGGCAUAUCCAUCACAGCCGAAGAGCAUACUACGAACUGCUUCAACUGCAACCAUAACAGCAACCACACCCAUACCCAUUCCAAGAAGCACAAGCACAACCACACUCACCAUGGCCGGACCCUCCCGCAAGCGCUCCGCCGAGCACCUCGACGACGGCCACACCAGCGACGGCAGCAACAAAGCCCCCCGCUCCGACUCCCUGCGGUCCUGGCCCAACACCUCCACCCCACCGCGCUCGCCCCGCAUGUACGCCCCCAAGCAAGACGGGGAGUACGACGAAGCGCACAAGAUCGCCGACGGCGCCGACGAAGAAGCCCUCGACGAAGCCCUCCGCGCCAACGGCGUCAUCGUCAACGGCGACGGCUCCGAAUCCGCCAUGCCCCCGGGCUGGCGGAGAGGAGAGGGCAAGCAGCGCGCUGGCGCACGCGCCCCCGCACCCCCCACCAACGCAGGGAGCUGGGAAACCACAAGCUCCGCCAUCACCGAGAGCACCGCCGGCAGCCACAGCCAUGGCCAGACACCCUACACACGCGCCGGGUAUGCAGGCCAGGCGGGCCCGUCAGGCAUCCGCCCGCGAAACGCGCCGCGGCGCACCGGCGCGGCCGCAACACGCCCCAGCACCGCCGGCCACCCCACAAACUACCAGAUCUGGGUUGGGAUCGCGAACGAGUCGAAGGAGACGAACCGGCACUUCACGGUAGUUCUGCGGGCGCCGCCGCACCUCGCGGACCCGCGCGGCGACUGCACGUGGUACCACGUGCUGGGGGCUGGGUUCGAGGAGACAAACUACUACCGGCGGGUUGUGCACGCGCCGCGGAUGCACGACGAGCCGUUCUUCCACCGCAAGCUGCCUGUGGGGAUGAUGCCCGAGCACAAGAUGCGGCUGUUCCAGCAUGCGUUCCGGAGCACGCCGGCGCAGCCGCCGGAGUUCUUCCUCAUUCAUUUCUUGCGGAAGUUGGUGGCGGCGCAGAUCAUUGAUCCGUGGCAGAUUUUGGACUUUGAGAGGAUGAUUGGGGAGCCCCCGGCCGAGUUGGCGCAUGAUCCGGAUUUCAAGCCCAGUCCGGAGUUUGGGCCGACGUGGACGAGGAAUUUGGAUGUUGAGGGGAAUGUGCCCAUUUUUGAGAUGGAGGGGAUGGAUGUUGAGGAGGGGGAGAAGUAA